UGGGGUGAUAAGAUUAGAUAGACGCGUAUCAUGUUUGUCCAAUGCUUGCUUGCGGUGACCUGCCUACUUGACUGUUAACUUAUGCCACCAUCCACUUCUCUUUCACCGAGGCGGAGGCGUGUCAGAAGACAAGUCUCAGCGUCAGCUACUUCUGGGACGAAAUGGGGAACAAAAGCGUUUCCAUUCAAUACUCUGUCCGGCAAGCGUAGGCAGCAUCGAAGAGACUCCUCACCAUCGCAGUCAAGCACUACUUACACUUUCUCACCUGAACUUCAAAGCGAAGUAUCAGAUGUUGAGGAAGGGCACAUGCGCGCAUUUAGUGCCGACGAUACCUUGGUCUCUCAUAGAGAAUCGUUUCCAGUUUCGCCUAAACACGCUCCGUUAGCCUAUGCAUCACUUCCGCCAACGCCAAUAUCUACCUCUCCGCCUCGCGAGUCUACCCCUCCGCCUUCAACACCUAGGUCAGACAGUCGGAGGGAUUAUGUUACCUCUCAUGAACCACCUUUCUCUCUAUGGGACUACUUGCGUGAGGAGCUCCUUGCAACCGAUUUCGACUCACACCAGGAACUCAAAUGGGAGAGAGUUAGCAACUUUAUCAAUAUGCCUGUUGCGUUGGAGAAGAUUUUCUUCAUCGGCUUCAUCCUGUGUUUUGAUUCGUUCCUCUACACAUUCACUAUUCUUCCCAUCCGCUUCGCACUGGCCUUAGGUCGGCUACUUCUCAACACGGUAACCCGCAGCUCCAAUGCACUACCGCCUUCUCAGAAAGCCGACAUUCUGAGGGCACUACUUCUAGUCAUUUCAGUUGUCAUACUUAGUCCUCUGACCGAUGCGAGUAAAAUAUACCACUCCAUUCGCGGUCAAGAUACCAUCAAACUGUAUGUCAUCUUCAACGCACUUGAAAUUGCGGACCGGCUUUGUGCUUCCAUAGGGCAGGAUAUCAUAGACUGUCUCUUCUCGAGGUCAACAUUAGAAGUCAUCUCACAUAGAAAGGCCCCUACGUCGCAUACCUUAAAGCCGCUGCUUUACUUCUUACUCGCGCUCAUCUACAACGUUUCCCAUACAUUGGUCAUGGUCUACCAGAUGAUUUCCCUCAAUGUCGCGGUGAACUCAUAUGACCACGCGCUCCUCACACUUCUAGUGUCCAACCAGUUCGUCGAGAUCAAGGGUAGCGUAUUUAAGAAGUUCGAAAAGGACAACUUAUUCCAAAUAACAUGUGCAGAUAUUGUCGAACGUUUUACCCUCUCACUUAUGCUCAUUAUCGUCGCCUUCCGUAACCUCAUCGAACUUAGCGGUACAGCCUUCAACUUCAGUGAAGGUUUCGCAUUACCAAAGAGUUUUGGGUGGUUCCGAGGUGAUAACGUCCUCUGGACAAUAUCUUAUCCUGUGCUAACUGUACUGGUAUCCGAAAUGUUCGUUGACUGGCUCAAGCAUGCCUUCAUCACCAAGUUCAACCAUAUUCGACCUUCAGUGUAUGAACGAUACACAGACGUUCUCUGUCGUGACCUUUCUUCCGGAAGUGCAGUUGGUCGAAAGGGCGCACGCAAGCAUACGUACGUCGACCAAUCACCCUUAGUCGCGCGUCGUCUAGGCUUCGCAUCGGUUCCACUUGCAGUGCUAGCCAUCCUCAUAGGCUCGCAAACCAUUACUCUCUUCCUUGCGAUGCAUUCCGAUGAUUCAUCGCCAUGGAACUGGAACUUUUCGGAAAUGAGUACUAACGAAUUGGUGAAUAUCGGGAAAUGGGUCGCGCUAGCAGUCUUAUUUUGGUUUUGUACACUAGUGAUCAAGAUUAUCAUUGGUGUACAGCUCCUCAGUUAUGCUACGCGACGACGAGCAGGAAUGGAAGCUCGUGCAGCUGCGGAUGUGGUGAAUGACUUUGGGAGAGAUCCUAUAGGGGAAGGUAAAGAAGAACGAGAGUACAAUCGAGACCUCAAGACCAUCCUGGAUAACAAGCGGGACGACGCAGUACCUGUUGCUGAGAUCGGAGAACGCAAACAAGGAGACGGCGGUGGAAAAGUAGAUGGUGGCGAUAAGGGGGGUAGAGGGGAUGGUGGGAAGAAGAGGCUGGAGUUGGAGGAGAUUACGAGGUUUACCAUGGUCAAGAGGAUCUGGUAGACAUGAUCAUUGUCACGAUGUCUCUAUCAAGUGUGAUUUAAUAAGCUCGUUAAUGAAGGAAUGACGACGAUGAUACAAAAAUCAAAAGCAAGCAGUGACAUAUGCUACAAAUAGCAAGGGAAAGAAUAAAUUAUGAAACAUAAA